CUUCGUACAAUCAAGCUGUCUUUUAUACUGCAAAUCUUGAAUCGCCGACGUCCCUCUUCAUUUCUCAUUAGCUGGUUUUAAGAAUUGGCUCCUCAAAGACGAUCGCAGCGUUACGUAGGUGGCCAAAUGCAUCAAAGCAAUGCAGCCGCAACAGUGCUUUACGAUCACUCCAGUGGAGAGUCCUUGCACAACGCGGAUUCCGCCUCCGGCGGCGAUCCCGGUGAUGCCGUCAUGGCGCGGUGGUUGCAGUCCGCUGGAUUGCGGCAUCUUGCCUCUACGGGCAUCGACCAACGCCACCUUUCCGAUCUCCUCAUGCAGGGUUAUGGAGCACAAUCUGCAGAAGAGAAGCAGAGGCUUGUCACAUUAAUGAGGAACUGCAAUUUUAAUGGGGGAUCUAGAUCGGAGCCAUGCAUGCCAACUGGCCAAAGAUCAGGAGGGUUCUUUUCUCCAGAUUUCAGGGGGGAUAUUGGAUUUGGGCUUUUGGAUCUUCAUGCUAUGGAUGAUACAGAACUUCUGUCUGAGCAUGUUAUGCUUGAACCUUUUAGACCAUCACUAAUCAUGCCUGAUGUGAACAAAGCGUUGCAAAAUCAAUCUAGUACUAGCCAGCAGCAAAGAAAAGAGCAAGUUUAUUCAGAUGCCAUAUGCUCUGCCAGUGAAAAGGAGACCAGCACGAGGGAAAAUAAUGUUGCUAAGAUUAAAGUUGUGGUACGUAAAAGACCAUUAAACAAGAAGGAGAUUUCUCGGAAGGAGGAUGACAUAGUAAUUGUGAAGGAGAAUUCUUUAACUGUCCAUGAACCCAAGCUAAAGGUGGACUUGACAGCAUAUGUGGAGAAGCACGAAUUCUGUUUUGAUGCUGUUCUGGAUGAGCAUGUAACCAAUGAUGAGGUUUAUCGUGAAACUGUUGAGCCGAUAAUUCCCAUCAUCUUUCAGCGAACAAAAGCUACUUGUUUUGCUUAUGGACAAACAGGUAGCGGUAAGACGUUCACAAUGCAACCAUUACCUAUCAGAGCUGCCCAAGAUCUUGUUAAAUACUUGCACCAGCCAGUUUAUCGUGAUCAGAAAUUUAAACUGUGGCUUGGCUUUUUUGAGAUCUAUGGCGGGAAACUCUAUGACCUUUUGAGUGAGAGAAAGAGACUUUUUAUGAGAGAAGAUGGGAAACAACAAGUCUGUAUUGUUGGACUGCAAGAAUUUGAGGUCUCAGAUGUGCAAAUGGUGAAGGAAUACAUUGAGAAAGGAAAUGCUGCUAGAAGUACAGGCUCUACUGGUGCAAAUGAGGAAUCUUCAAGGUCACAUGCUAUUUUACAACUUGUCAUCAAAAAACACUCCAAGGUGAAAGAGUCCAAGCGGAACAACGAUGGGAAUGAGUCUAAAGCUGGAAAGGUUGUUGGGAAGAUUUCUUUUAUCGAUCUUGCUGGAAGUGAAAGAGGUGCAGACACUACUGACAAUGAUCGACAAACUAGGAUAGAGGGUGCUGAAAUUAAUAAGAGCCUUUUGGCUCUUAAGGAGUGCAUUCGUGCUCUGGACAAUGACCAGAUCCAUAUACCAUUCCGAGGGAGCAAACUUACCGAAGUGCUACGAGACUCUUUCGUUGGUCAUUCAAGGACAGUUAUGAUCUCCUGUAUUUCUCCAAAUGCCGGUUCAUGUGAACACACUCUCAAUACUCUGAGAUAUGCUGAUAGGGUUAAAAGUCUUUCAAGAAGUGCUAACUCCAAAAAAGAUCAGUCUGUAAAUUCCUUACCGCCAAGUUAUAAGGAUGCAUCUCCUGCCUCAGCUGCCUCAGAUGUAGAAGAUGCAUACGAGAAACCACAGGAAGUAAAAGUUGUCGACGUUGGUCCAAGGCUUGUCGACAAAAAUGUUUAUAAUCUUGACUUCGACAAUCGGCUGCCGUCGACGUUUUCUUCAAGCCAACCUUUCAAUAGGAGGGAGGAAAGUGGAACAGGUUCUGGCCCAACGGAUAAGGAGAGAUUUGAAGCGAGUAACUCUUAUGGUGGUUCUACAAUUCAAAGAACUUACUCGUCAACUUCUCAAACUUCAGUUGAUACGGAAGAGAAAGUGCAGAAGGUGUCACCGCCUCGUAGAAAAUCAACUAGAGAAGAAAAUUCUGAGAUAAUGGGGAACUGGAUCAAGAAUGAUGGAGGAGGAUCUGAUUUGUCUGCUACAAACUCCCGGCAGGCAAAUGCAGUUAAUUAUAACCGUACAAGUAGUUUUGGAAUCAGACCAUAUAAUCCAGAGCCUCGUACAGAUGGAAGUAUUAAUUCAGUACUCGAGGAGGAAGAGGCUUUAACUGCUGCUCACAGAAAAGAAAUCGAGGAUACGAUGGAGAUUGUUCGCGAAGAAAUGAAGCUUUUGGCUGAGGUGGAUCAACCGGGCAGCCAAGUUGACAGUUACGUGACCAAGCUGAGUUUUGUGCUUUCACGCAAGGCUGCCAGCUUGGUGAGCCUUCAAGCUCGCCUUGCCAGGUUCCAGCAUCGACUGAAGGAGGAGGAGAUACUAAAUCGGAAGAGAGUUCCUGGUUAAGAGCAGCUGUUCAUUCUCUGCUUUCAUUGCUGCAUCCAUUACCGUCCUAUAAUUUCAUAUCAUAGAUAGUCACGGUACUACUUGUCCCGGCGGUCAUUUACAUUAAAUAUUUCUACAAACAGAUAAGUUCUCUCAAACGAUGCCAACUUGGUUCCCAGCAGUCGAUGAGGCCUCCAAGACAGAAUUCAGCUUUUUUUGGCACAAAUCUCGGGUCAUUCAUGCCGGCAUUAAUCUUGCUGUUGGUGCUUAUUUGGUGGCAAUAGGGCGGAGUCAGGUUCACAUCUGUGAUGAAUCUGAUGCUUUCUAGUGGGGUGGCAAAGGGAAAUGCUUUGAGAAGUCAUUCGUAGAAAAACAGUGUUAUUUUUUGAAACCUUUUUCCUUGUUUAUUUUGCUUUAUAACCUCAAAGGGCACAUCAUUCGUGUCAAUGUAACAUUCUAU